GUCUCUUGGUUAUAUAUUGAUUACAUCUUUUCACAAUUAUAUAUUUUCUCUGAUAAAGCUAUAGUAUUACACGUACAUGGUACAACAAACUCCACUUUCCUUUCUUAAUUCACAAGGAAAAAUAAGCUUAUAAACUCCAGAGACAGAAGACUUAAACAAAGGACGAACCAGAGAGAGUAAAUAAGAUUAAAUUAUGUAUGUGACAAGGCCUCUUUCCAUGUACAGGAAAUCUCCGAGCACCCUUGAGAUGAAACCACCUGAUGGUCCAUACUCAGGCCUUCUGGUUAUUACAGAUGAAGAGGCAGAUUCGCAGGACAUGCUCUGUUGGGGUCAAUGGGAUCUAUGUGGUAUAUGCAAGCGUAAGAGUGUCAAGAAGCUGCCCUUUCCACAGGACAAGAUUUUGUCUAUUGUUUAUACAUCUGAGUAUCACGAAACGACAACCACCAACGUUUGGUUUGUCCCAGUUCCAGACCAGCCUCUCUCUUCCAACUGCUACUAUGUUAUCAGAGCAAAAGGCAGACAUAAAGGAAAAGCAUGCACGUGUUCAAGGGAGGGAGACAUAAUAAACUGUUGCUUUAGAGACGUCUUAAGGGACAAAAAGCCAAAGCCUUUAGACUUCAAAAAUGUAUACCAACAAGUAAAGAUCUACCACCAUCACAGUGGUGGUUUUUUCGCCAAGUCAGUAGCCCCGGACGGUGUUCCUCCAAAGUUCCUAAGAACAAAAGGUUGGACAGUUCGUUGCUCAAGCUUAAACCGUUUACGACUAAGCGAAGCUUUGGGCUUGGACACCUCUCUUCGGUCCCAACUUCCCAACUUCAACUUCCCCAUCUUCAACUUCCACUCACCCUCUGUGGUGGUUGGAAAAUGGCACUGUCCAUUCCCUUUUGUCAGAGAUAAAACAACAAGGCCAAAAAGCCAGAUGAAAAAGUCAAUCUUUUACACUUUGACUCUUGAGCAAUGGUGGGAAGAGAUUUUCUCAUGUGGGAAUGUUAACAGCAACAACAGCAAUGAUAACGACCAAGUAAAUUCAGUGACUGUGGAUGCAUAUGUCCAAAGGGAGGUGUAUUUGGUGGCUGGAAUGGAAGCUGUGAGGGAGGACAGAAAUGGGCAUGGUGGGUUUUCUUGGUUCAAAGUGUAUAACCCAAAUGGGAGAAGAGGCGUGGUGUUGAGUGUGGGAGUGAGUUCUGCCAUUGCUGAACAUAUGAGGUGGGUUUUGGAUGCAGGUGGGUGGGUUAGUGGGGAUGAAAGAGAAGUGAAGGUAGAGAGAGUUGAGGAGAAUAGUAAUGGAAAUAGGUGGAGGAAGUUUGGGUGUUAUGUGUUGGUAGAGAGCUUUUCUUUGAGAAGAUUGGAUGGAAGUUUGGUGCUCAAAUGUUCCUUUAGGCACACCCAAAGGAUCCAAUGCAAAUGGGAAUAACACAUGACUUGUAUUUUCUAUCAGGACAUAUUUGUUUCAUUUAAAUGAAAUGAUCAUUUGGUCUCCCUCUUGAAAAAAAUUCAAGUUCCAAAUAAAUUUGAUACACAUGUUAUCAAAAAAAAAAAAAAAAAUUCAAUCAUUUCUUUCAUUUCACUGUAUCAUAAAUUGAAAACACAUGGUCCAAAUCCCUUGAUUAUCACGUUUCAUAUUAAUGACCCUGAAGGGACUAAAAAAAAAGGUGAUACAAGUGAUAUUAUAUUUUAAUAUAAUGUUUGGUUGAUUAAAUAAGUGUUAUAAGAAGU